CCCGCCCCCGCCGUAUUGCGUGGCUACAGUGCUAAUGCUAAGGCUUUGUCCUGUAGCUUUGGGCAGUGGUCUCGAAUGACAGAAAGUACAAAUAAACCCAUUUAUCCACACAUAUUUUAUAUAACUCCCAACUAUGAGUAAAAGAAAAGCGCCACAGGAAACUCUGAACGAAGGAAUCACAGAUUUUCUCAUCGAAUUGGCAAAUUAUGAAAGAAAUGUCAACAGAGCCAUCCAUAAAUACAAUGCUUACAGAAAAGCAGCGUCUGUGAUCGCCAAAUACCCCCAGAAGAUCAAAAGUGGGGCAGAAGCAAAGAAACUGGAUGGAGUUGGUGCAAAGAUAGCGGAGAAAAUCGACGAGUUUUUAACAACAGGAAAACUGCGCAAGCUGGAAAAGAUUCGCAAUGACGACACAAGCUCCUCCAUCAACUUCUUAACCCGAGUGACUGGGAUCGGUCCUGCUGCAGCCAGGAAGUUUUAUGAUGAAGGUGUAAGGAACUUAGAAGAUCUGAAGAAGAUCGAGCACAAACUCAACCAUCAUCAGCAGAUCGGGUUAAAGUACUUUGAAGAGUUUGAGAAGAGAAUCCCUCGUGCAGAAAUGCAGAAGAUGGAGGCUCUGAUACUGAAGGAGCUGGAUGUGGUGGACCCCGAGUACAUCGGCACCAUCUGCGGCAGCUACAGACGAGGAGCAGAGUCGAGUGGUGAUAUUGAUAUACUCCUGACCCAUCCGGACUUCACCUCUCAGUCUGAGAAACAGCCCAAACUCCUUCAUGCCGUCGUGGAUCAUCUGGAGUCCGUCGGCUUCAUUACCGACACGCUUUCUAAAGGAGACACUAAGUUUAUGGGUGUGUGUCAGCUGCAGAAAGAAGAGGAAGAUGAAGAAGAGUGUUUUCACCGCCGUAUUGACAUCAGGCUCAUCCCAAAGGAUCAGUAUUACUGCGGUGUGCUGUACUUCACCGGCAGUGACAUAUUUAACAAGAACAUGAGGACUCAUGCGCUGGAGAAGGGUUUCACGCUCAACGAAUACACCAUCCGUCCACUCGGUGUCACUGGUGUGGCCGGAGAGCCUCUGCUGGUGGACAGUGAGAAGGACAUCUUCGACUACAUCCAGUGGAAAUACAGAGAACCAAAGGAGCGCAGCGAGUGAAAACAAUUCAACCUCAAACUGAUGCUCAUGUAGCUCAUAUUAGUGCAUUUUAAUAGUAGAAGAGACAUUUAGGGAGAGAUGUGUUUGUGUUUAAAGUUUUAAAGCAGCUACAUAAUAGUAGCUGUUGGUGCUUUUUUAAUAAUAAUAAUAAUAAUAGGCAUGCAUAAAUGAGAAAUGAUGUCACAGGCACGCAGUGUGGCAAUAGAUGUUACAGGUUUGUGAGGAAGUAAGCAGAAAACACUGUUAUGGAUGGUGAUGUUUAUGAUUAUGUUUGGGAGAAUAUGGUAGCAACCAUAAAUUUACAGGAAAAGUGAACUGAAACACUGUUACUCAAAAGCCAUGACUUAUUUUGUGAAAAUGCUUGAAUUGUAGAACAGUUUGUAUUUUCGCGGGGGUUGUUUUGUUUUUAUUUUCCCCCCGAGUAAUGAUUAAUGUGUUUGAAGGAAUUACAUUGUUCAGUCAAUACUUUCUACUUCGUGAUGAAAGAUUAAACAAACACUGAAUCAAUCAAAACAAAAACAGUACUUUGUUGUGUCUGAGAUGAUUAAAAUCACAGAUUCCCUGAAACUGCACUGUAUUCACACAGACAGCAUAUUUUCAGUGAUGUGUCUCAUUCCUGUGUGUUUGAUAUCUUAUCAUUCACCAGGUGUUGAUGUGAGGGUUCAAAAAUCUAGUCCUGCUUGUCCUACAAAUCACAAAAAUAGUUUUACUUUCUGUUCAGUACUUCAUUAUAUAUUGUUCCUAAUUGUAGAA